AUCCAGCACAGUCCUGCAGCGCUGCACCCGUCUCACCACCUGAACCUGAGACAUCUCUGUCCUCCGUCCUUCAUGCCCGGCAGCCAGACCCGGUCCCGGGCCAGAGACCGGAACAACGUCCUGAACCGGCCUGAGUUCCUGUCCCUGAACCAGCCCCUCAGCAGAGAGCAGGGGGCGGGGGAGGGGAGGGGGGGCGGCGGUCCCAGGAGGUCCAGCAGACCGCAGAGUCAGCAGGAGGACUCGGGGGGGAGGGGUCCUCAGGAGUCCUCAGAGGGGGUCCCAGCAGCUGAUGGGGGGCCAAAGGAGGACUGCAUGCAGCUGAACCCGUCUCUCCGAGGCAUCGCCAUGAGCUCCCUGCUGGCCAUCGACAUCAGUCUGUCCAGACGUCUGGGGGUCUGUGUGGGGACCCGAGGGUCCGGGGCCCCAAUGAGGUCUAUGGUGACCCUGCUGGCCCUCAGUGGACACGCCCUCACCUGGUUCUGUGGGGUGCUGGUCUGUCUGUGGAGGAGCAGUACUCUGGCUGGACAGGAAGUCCUGGUCAACUUGUUGCUAGCUCUGACUCUGGAUCUGAUGACGGUCGCUGGUGUGCAGAAGUUGUUUCAGCGCAGAGGACCGUGGGACUUCCCGCCGGGGUUUUUGGACUACGUUGCCAUGGAUACGUAUUCUUUCCCAGCAGCCCACGCCAGCCGAGCCGUCAUGGUGUCCAAGUUCCUGUUGACCCACCUGGUGCUGGCGGUGCCCCUCAGGAUCCUGCUCUACCUGUGGGCCAUCCUGGCGGGCAUGUCCCGGGUGCUGCUGGGUAAACAUCACCUGUCAGAUGUCGGCUGCGGAUUCGCUCUUGGCUUCCUGCACUUCAGUCUGGUGGAGUCCGUCUGGCUGCACUCUGACACCUGCCAGACCCUCAUCUCCAUCGGCACGCUGAGCUGGCCUCCACUGAUCUGAACCUGGUCUGGACUCGUUCAGCUGGGAGUAGGACUGGUCUGGAGGCUCCCCUGUACUGACACACAUGUUUAAAACUGGUCUGUCUGGACUUGAUGCUCCAUUGAAACGAGUUUGGACUUCAUGUUGACGAACGCUGUGACAACAGGAAAUGGACCCGCUUCAGAUUGUGGUUCACAGAAACCACAGAGACAAUCUGUGUGUGUGUGUCUCUCAGGUCUGACUUCCUGUUGUGAAAAACUAGGACGAGACUAUUUAAAUCAAAGCCCCUCCCCUCCCAGUUGACUGCCAUUAAGCCCCUCCCCUCCCAGUGGUCUACCAUUAAGCCCCACCCCUCCCAAUUCAAUUACAUUUAUUUUGUAUUUUUACUUUUAGUUCAUACUUCAGACCUUAUAAAGUACAUCAUGUUUCAUGCAUACUACUUCCUCACAACAUUACACCUUGACCAUUGACCAUUGUUGGUCAGAAUGGAGACGCUGGCUUUGUCCUGCAGUAGAACAUCCUGAUACUUCUGGUAGAAACAUGCUGUGU